AAUUCAAGAUAGGCGAUUUCUAUAUAACGGUUUACUCGUAAAUCAAAUUACGGUUCGUUGCCUAGAGUGAAAAACUGCCACACCUUCAGGCUAAUAAACUCAUUUCUUCGUCCGUUUCAUUUGAUCAAGGUUUUUGCAGUUGGCUUGCUACAUCACACCUGUCCUAUUGCGAGAGAUUGAAAGUGAAGUCUGUGCGGCGUAAGGCCAACAUCCGUAGCAAACUUGUAUUGUGACGUCAUAAAGCGGACCUUCAUAGAUUGCCCGGAUUCGACAGACGCGGCUUCACUACCAGGUGCUUCAUUUGGCCACGUGCCAUAAUAUACUGCAGUUCAUUCAUUAGUUGUGAAUGUAUAUAAAUAUGGCAUCUUACCCCUGUAUCGACGAAUCUGUCUAGUUGUCAAAAAUAACUAUAAAUUUGUAUUGUUUACCCGCAGCUCCAAUUAUUUGAAAAGAAAGAAUUAUUUUCUUUUUGCACAUUUACACUGUUAACACGUCCGCAAUCCUAACUAGCUGUUCAAUUGUGUCCACGGGAAAAUUUGUGGUUCUGUUUGUUCUCCUAUGUAUCUUACAGCAAUGGCAAGUAUUUGCUUUCUGGCCACCUUGUUUUUAAUAUGUACCUCUCUUGGUCUAACUAUACAACAGUGCAUUUCUCACAACGACAGUGCUGGAACCCAAGAAGAUAUUGAUGCAGCAGUUCGUGCUUAUGUAAAUGGUUCAUUAAACUUCGGACUGGAAAUGUUCCGUAUUCUUCAGGCAGAACCUAGCGACAAUACUACGCGUGGCUUGUUUUUCAGCCCUUUCAGCGUUUGGUCGGCUCUGGCCAUCACUUUUACUGGUACUAAAGGAUACACAGAGAAUGAACUUCGCUGUCUUUUGGGAAUUGGAGGCGUCGAUAAGGGUUUCAACGCUGUCGCCUACAAGUCCACUCAACGCUGGUACGAAGAACGUAGGAAGGGCAACGACUCCUUCCGGUUGGCGAAUCAACUCUAUUUUCAUUAUGAUAUCCCACUUCGCGAGUGUUUAAUGGAUUACUUUAAAGAAGAUGUUAGCCAACUAGAUUUUCAUCGCUAUCCCGAACAAGCACGAUUGACCAUCAACGAAUGGGUUGAAGAGCAAACCGAUUAUAAGAUCACAGGUUUUCUUCCGUCUUCUAGCAUUAAUUCGAUGACCAAUUUUGUUAUAGUUAAUGCUGUAUAUUUUAAAGGCACUUGGAUGCAACAAUUUGAAAUUCACAAGACACGCCCCGGUACAUUUACUAGUGGCGUUGGAAUAGAACAAGAGGCUCAGAUGAUGAAUAUGCGAGGGAUAUUUCUGUACGGAGUGAACGAAGUCUUGAAGUGUCAGGUUCUUGAGCUUCCAUUUUCCGGAAAUGACUUCAGUAUGGUGAUUCUGCUUCCGGAGAACCGUUAUUUUGGUGUCGACAUUCUCUCUCGUCUCAUAACUCCUGAUCAGGUUUCCGAUAUUUUCUUCUCUGUCUAUCCAACCGAUGUGUGGGUUUCUCUUCCAAAGUUCCGAACUGAAAGUAACUUUGAUCUUGCGUUCGUCUUACAAAAGAUGGGUCUCCGAGAAAUAUUUGACCCACGAUAUGCCAACCUGACUGGCUUCACCGAGCACAAAGUGGUGGUUAACAUGGAUGGUGUUUACCACAAGGCCUUUAUAGAAGUGAACGAAGAAGGUGCAGAGGCAGCAGCAGCUACAGGGAUACUAGCAGCUCGUUCAGCAAGGCCAGUAGGACCAGUCAAGUUCAUAGCUGAUCAUCCAUUUUUCUAUUAUGUUCGUGACAAUUUAUCCAACAUCAUCCUUUUCAUGGGUACAGUGGUGCGUCCGAUAUACGACUAAUGAAUCUACAUCAAUUUAAACUAAUUGCCUCAAAUUAGAAAUCCAGAAAGUGCAAUGGUAGGAGGCAAGUAAAACUGAGAUUUAAGCGCCAGUGUAUACGGGGCAGAAGAUGUAAAGAUUUUACAACAUCAAACGUCCUGGAAUUUUAUAUAAUGAUGAUAAAGGGUAAGCUAAGCACUGCCGAAACAGUAGAUGAUAUUUAGAGCUUCGAAGUUGAGGAAGAUUAAUCUUGAAACUUUGAAGAUAGAUACUAAGCAACAACUUUGUGUAUGUUUUGAAGCUUGCAAUCAAAAUAUAAAACAAAAUCAAAAUGCUCUUCAUGUUUAUAACUACCUACCAAAAUAAUUUUCAUUGAUGUGAUGUUCCUUAUCCACACUUACGAAUAUACACUAUUUACUCUGAUGACGAAAUAACAAAAAGGCAGACAGA